AUGAGCAAUACAGAGGAGAUGAUGGUAGAUGAACAAACGGCGAACAUAUCUGGUCAAUGUUUCGUCAAUUCAUCGAUGCAAUCCGCUCGUCAACAAAGGCCUGGGCCACUGUAUGAUGUGACAAAAAUGGUUCGAGACUUUUGGCCAAGUCAGAUGCGUAAGAUCGAACACAUGACUGAGAAUGAAAUGCGUGAGCACUGCAAACACAUGGAGCUUCCAAUGGCACGGGUGAAGAAGGUAAUGCGGUUAGAUGACGAGGUGCGAUCGCAAAUGAUAAGUUCCGAUGCCCCGUUACUGCUGGCUGCUGCUUCUGAGAUGUUCAUCCAGGAGAUCACACUACGUGCUUGGCAACUUGUUGAAGAGGGACGACGAAAAACUCUUCAAAAGUCUGAUAUAGCUGCCGCUGCCAGCAGGUUCGAACACUUUGACUUCCUCAUCGAUAUUGUUCCUCGAGAAGACUCCAAAAAGAUGCAUGACGAAUCAGGUGUUAACAAUGUACAUGCAAUGAAUGUCACGUCGGACGGCACAGUAGGAACACCAGCUCAGGUUCAGUACGUAUUAGCUGGCGAUACUGCUCAAGGGAACGACGUUUACCAUUUGGACAAUGGACAAGUGUUGCACGCCACGCCUAUUGGACAGCCGAUUCCGAUAGCUGCUCCCUCGUCUGGAAAUAUCGAUAUCAGCCAGCUGCAUCCAGGAAUGCAAAUCGUGCACAUACCUUCCCAUUAG